GAUGGCUAUUAGAUAAGACGACAGCUGGCUCUGUUUUCGAUGCUUUCUGCAUUCCUGGCUGCUUCAGCUGCCACCUUUUCCCAUCUACACAGCCUCAGGAAAAGAAAGAGACCUCAAACCUUCCAGAUCCCUUCCUCUUAUAGGAAACUAUCGAGCACAGGAAUAAAGAUGGCUACUAACCCAAUAGAAGAUGAUUGCAUCAACUUUGUGAAAAUGAAAUUUAUUAAUAAUACACUGUACUUUAAAGCGGAAAGUGAUGAAGGCCUGGAAUCAGAUUACUUUGGCAAGCUUGAACCUAAACUCUCAAUCAUACGAAAUUUGAACGACCAAGUCCUCUUCGUUAACGAGGGAAAUCAACCUGUAUUUGAGGAUAUGCCUGAUUCUGACUGUACAGAUAAUGCACCCCAUACCAUAUUUAUCAUCUAUAUGUAUAAAGAUAGCCUCACUAGAGGUCUGGCAGUAACUAUCUCUGUGAAGUAUAAGACAAUGUCUACUCUCUCCUGUAAGAACAAAACUAUUUCCUUUCAGAAAAUGAGUCCUCCGGAUAGUAUCAAUGAUGAAGGAAAUGACAUCAUAUUCUUUCAGAGAAGUGUUCCAGGCCAUGAUGAUAAGAUACAAUUUGAGUCUUCGUUGUACAAAGGACACUUUCUAGCUUGUAAAAAAGAGAACGAUCUUUUCAAACUCAUUUUGAAAGAAAAGGAUGAAAAUGGGGAUAAAUCCAUAAUGUUCACUGUUCAAAACAAGAGCUAGAUAUGAAAAUUGCAGUUUGAAUUUUCUGAGUUUUUGUCUUUCAGAAAGGUCAUAAGAGACUUUGAUCCUUUAAUUGUAGUAAUGAAAUAAAAUUAAUUAUAGUUUCAAAAUAUACCACUAAGAAAUGAAUAAGGGGCACCUGGGUGGCUCGGGCAGUUGAGCACCCGACUCUUAAUUUCGGCUCAGGUCAUGAUCUCACAGUUGUGGGAUCAAGCCCCACGUUGGGCUCUACACUCAGCAUGGGAGGUAACCUCUCUCCCUCUGCAUCUGCCCCUCCCUCCACUCACACACACAGGCUCUCUCUUAAAAUAAAUAAUUAAAAUAUUAAAAGAAAAAAGAAAUGAAUAGGCAGGUAUCACAAAAUUGAAAUUAGUCCUUAUCCAGGUGAAUAAAAUAUUUGUUUAACAUUAGAAGAAUGUAUAGUUUCAAAACACAUUCUACAUUGUUAAUUGCAACAUAGAUUAUAUUUGUGAAGUGCUUUCAAUCUUUUGGGUUACUAGUCCUAAUGACAAAAGAUACUGAUAACUGAACUUUCUAAUUUUUAAAAAAUAUCAUUAAAAACAAGAUUUUGUAAAGACUACUUCACUUGACUAAUUUCUGCAUUUCUUCCAAAGUCAGAUUGAUCCUGAAUCCAGCAACAUAUACAAAGGAUUAUAUACUCUGAUCAAGUGGCAUUCAAACCAGCAAUGUAAAGAUAGUUUAAUUUUAUAAGAUAAAUUAACAUAAUAUACUAUAUUAAUAAAAUAAAAGAUAAAAACCACACAAUAAUUUCAAUAGAUAUAGAAAAAGCAUUAGCCAAAAUCCAAUUCAUAAUAAAAAUUCUCAAUAAACUUGAAAAAGAAGAGAACUUCUAAAAUGUAGUAAAGGGCAUCUAUGAAAAACCUACAGCUAAUAUAUUUUUUUUAAUUUACGUUUUAAUUCCAAUAAACAUACAGUGUUAUAUUAGUUUCAGGUAUGUAAUACAGUGACUCAUAAUUCUAUUACUGAAUGCUCUCAUGAUAUGUAUAUUCUUAUCCUCAUCGCCUAUUUCACCCAUCCCCCUACUCACCUCCCUUUGGUAACCACCAGUUCUCAGUAUUUAAAAGUCUGAGGUUUUUGUGUCUUUUUUCUUUGUUCAUUUGUUUUGUUUCUUAAAUCCCACAUAUGAGUGAAAUCAUAUGAUAUUUGUAUUUGACUGACUUAUUUCACUUAGCAUUAUACCCUCUAGAUACAUCCAUGUUGCAAACGACAAGAUUUCUUUUUAUUCUUUUUAUGCCUGUGUAAAAAUCCAUUUUGUAUAUAUACUACAUCUUCUUUAUCCAUUCAUGUAUCACUAGACACUUAGGUUGCUUCUAUGUUUUGGAUAUUGUAAAGAAUACUACAAUAAACAUAGGGGGGCAUAUCUCUU